CGGAUCGGGCUCGGAAACAGUUUUACCUGGUAGACAACUGUCUAGUGAGCUUUGGGUUUGAUGCUUGAGAGGAUAUCAGUUUAACAGCACGUUUCGUUCAGUUUCAGUCACACACUUGGAAGUUAGUUCGCAUGAUUCGAGAAUAUAAUAACAUAACACAACAAAAAUAAAAAAACGGAAUACAAAAGAACACGCAAAUAAGAACCGAAACGCGUAUUCGAUUUGUUUUGGUUUAACAAUUUGAUCCGAUUCCGAUUACGAUAACGAUUUGCAUUCCGAUUCGCGACUCGCAAUGUCGGGAGAUAUGCGACGAGGACGUCGUCGUCGCUUGGAGCCAUCGCGCAUCCAAUAUGGAGCCUGGGAUGAUCCGAGAGUCUCGCUGUUUGCCACAGUGCCGCAGGAGCCAUUGGGGGAUAUGCUGGGACGGCUGAAGCGUUUGCCGCAGACGAAUCGCAAUCGUGCCGUCGAGGUGGACGCAUGUCCGCUCGUCUUGGCCCAGUCAUCCUCGACGAAUCGACUGUACCGUGAGGUGAAGUAUCAGGUGCAACAGAUCGCCGAUGAUCGCAACAGGAACUAUCAUCCGAUCCAGGAGAGGGAGCGACAAUCGGCGCUCAUCGCUCGCAUGAUGGCCGAGCAUAAUCGUCGCGAAUUCGCCGAGGCGAUGAGACGAAAGCAACUGCACACGAACUCGCAAAGAUUGCGCGAUCUGGCCACAGAGAUCGAUCGUGCCAAGACGACAUUGAGUGUGGUGAAGAAGCGCAACGAUAAUAUCGAUAUGCAUGGCGUGGAGCGGGCGCAGGAGCGCAAGGAGGCGCUCGCGGAUCGGGAGCAAGUGCGUCAGGAGAAGCUGGCCGAGCAGUUGGCGCUGCAGAAGAAGGCGCAAACGUACAGCGAACAGUUGGUCGAGCAGAUCCACAAAUUGCAGGCACAGCGCGAGCAGCAACAGAUGACGGACAUGGAGGAGGGUCGUCAGAAGCGUCACAACGAUGAGUUGGCGCAUGCCACGGAUCUGCAGCAGUCCAUCGAGUGGCGCCACAAGAAACGCCUCGAACUCAAGCAGAUGCUCGAUGAGUUCUCGGCACUGCAGCGCAGCAUUCGCGAGGCAAAUCCCAUGGAGCCGGAUAAGCUGGAUGUGAUUGUCAUGGAGGCACUGGGUCCGGUCACCGCCAGUUUCCUGCGGCAGGAGCUGCAGCGACGGGUCGACGACAUCGAGCGACGUCGCCUGAUCAGCGACAGUCUGGGACAGGAGCUCAGCGAGAUGCGCAGCAAGAAGGAUGCCCACGACAAUAUGCUGGCCGACAUUCUGGCCUGUGAGCGUCAGGCCCGGGAGAAGAAGCGCGCCCAUCAGGACAUCGAGAAGCGGGAGAAUCAAAAGCAACAGGUGGCCAAGGAUCUGAUCAAUCAGCAGAAGGAGCAACAGUUCUAUCUGGAAAAGGAUGCGGCACUCACGAAAAUCACACGCGACAGCACCAGCUUCAUGGAGCGCCAAUAUCAACAGGCAGCCGAUCGUGAAGCCAUCAGUCAUGCCAUGAAUCUCAGCAGCUACGAAGGCAUCGCCGCCGAUAUCGUGAACAAUGUGCGACUCCGUGCCGCUGCCGUUGAGGAGGAGCGCAUGAUAAAGCAGGCACUGCACGACAUGGAGGCGGACAUGGAGCGACGGGUGGAUGAGGAGCGCAUGCGUGUCCUUCAUGCCCAGGCCAGGGACAUCAUCGACGAGGUGCGACCCUGCAAACUGUCGCAAGUGGAGCGACAAGCCUUUGGAUUGCCCGCAUGCGGAUUGCAUGACACUGACAUUCACAACACUCACACAACCUAAUCCUAAUCAUUAUCCUAAACAAUAUUCGACUUAUUUGUUAAUUCAUUCAACUGAUUCCGUGCAUGUACUGUGUGUAUACGAAUAGUGACUACUGUGUACUGCCCUGUGUGCAACCGAUAAAUUACUCAGGCAAUAAAUAUAUAUUUGUGUACAUGAA